AUGGCUAAAGGCAAUCAUUCUGAAGUCACUGAAUUCAUUCUUUUGGGCCUUACCACCCAUCCAGAGCUGCAGGUUGUACUGUUUAUCAUAUUUCUCAUCAUCUAUUCUGUUAGUGGUGUGGGAAAUCUUGGCCUGAUUCUACUAAUCCAGGUCAGUUCCCAUCUUCACACACCCAUGUACUUCUUCCUCAGCCACUUGGCCUUUGUGGAUUUUUCUGUUACUUCUACCAUUACCCCCAAAAUGCUCAUUAACUUUGUUCAGGAAACCAAUGUUAUUUCUUUCCAUGCAUGUGCCAUCCAGGUGUAUUGCUUCAUUUCAUUUGUAAAUCUUGAGAUGUUUCUCUUGGCUGUGAUGGCCUAUGAUCGCUAUGUAGCCAUAGGUAAACCCCUACUCUACACUGGCAUGUCGCACAGACUCUGUGUACAGUUGGUAGCUGUUCCUUAUAUAUACUGCUUCUCCAUGGCACUCUUUAACACCAUCAUCACAUUUCAUUAUUCUUACUGUGCCUCAAAUGUCGUUAACCACUUCUACUGUGAUGACAUUCCUCUCUUAGCCUUCUCCUGCUCAGACACUCAUGUGAAAGAAAUCUUGAUAUUUGCCUUUGCUGGAUUUGACAUAAUCUCUUCCUUAUUGAUUGUCAUCAUCUCCUAUGUCUUCAUCAUUGCCGCCAUCUUGCAGAUCCGCUCAACAGAGGGCAGACUCAAGGCCUUCUCCACCUGUGGUUCCCACAUGGUGGCUGUCACCAUUUUCUAUGGCACAAUGAUCUUUAUGUAUUUGCAGCCACGCUCAAACCAUUCCCUUGACACAGAUAAAAUGGCAUCAGUGUUUUAUACCAUGGUGAUCCCCAUGUUGAACCCCCUCAUUUACAGCCUGAGGAAUAAGGAAGUAAAAGCAGCUAUUAGGAAAGUGUUGGGAAAUAGCUGGGCAGUUGUUCAUCUAAGACAUUUAGGCAAAUGA